CCGCCAGACACUGAGCCCCACCGCCUCUGCCUCCGCCGUCGCGCCCAUCUCAGCCAUCUGUGGCCAUGGCCAACCCCAACGUGUACUUUGACAUCUGCGUCGAAAACGAGCCCCUGGGCCGGGUUACUUUCGAGCUCUUUGCAGACAAGGUUCCAAAGACAGCAGAAAACUUCCGGGCUCUGAGCACUGGAGAGAAGGGAUUUGGUUACAAGGGAUCCUGCUUUCACAGAAUCAUUCCUGGGUUUAUGUGCCAGGGUGGUGACUUCACUCGCCAUAAUGGCACUGGUGGCAAGUCCAUCUAUGGGGAGAAAUUUGCUGAUGAGAACUUGAUCCUGAAGCAUACUGGCCCUGGCAUCUUGUCCAUGGCAAAUGCUGGACCCAACACAAAUGGCUCCCAGUUUUUCAUCUGUACUGCUAAGACUGAUUGGUUGGAUGGUAAGCAUGUGGUCUUUGGCCAAGUGAAAGAAGGCAUGAACAUUGUGGAAGCUAUGGAGUGUUUCGGUUCUCGGGAUGGCAAAGACCAGCAAGAAGAUCACCAUUGCUGACUGUGGACAAAUCUAAUAAGUUUUUUUGUUUUGUUUUUUGUCUUAACCACCAAACCAUUCCUCUGUAGCUGGAGAGAGCACCCUUGAAUUCCACCUGCUCUUAUACCCUGUAAUCCUUGUGCUCUCACUUGCUGCAAUUCUCUUUGGAUUUCAUUUCCCUUUUCCUUCCACAAGUCUGGCUAGACAACAGAGUUAAGUUUAUGAUUAUGAAAUAAAAACUAAACUACAAAAAAAA